UUUUACUGGCCGCCGGCUUCGUGCGCCGGUGGCUGCCAAGGCUUGGUACCCGAGCCUUGUCCCGCGCCGCCAUGGAAGUGGCCUUCCGAGGGGUGCGGAAAGUUCUCUGUGUGGCUGAGAAAAACGACGCGGCCAAGGGCAUCGCCGACCUGCUAUCCAACAGUCGCAUGAGACGGAGGGAAGGAUUUUCUAAGUUCAACAAGAUCUAUGAAUUUGACUAUCACCUGUAUGGCCAGAAUGUUACCAUGGUAAUGACUUCAGUUUCUGGACAUUUGCUGGCUCAUGAUUUCCGGAUGCAGUUUAGAAAAUGGCAUAGCUGCAAUCCUCUUGUCCUCUUUGAAGCAGAAAUUGAAAAGUACUGCCCCGAGAAUUUUAUUGACAUCAAGAAAACUCUGGAACGAGAGACACAGCAGUGCCAGGCUCUGGUGAUCUGGACUGACUGUGACAGAGAAGGGGAGAAUAUAGGGUUUGAGAUUAUCCACGUGUGCAAAGCUGUGAAGCCCAGUCUGCCGGUACUGAGAGCCCGGUUCUCUGAGAUCACGCCACAAGCCAUCAGAGGAGCCUGUGAGAACCUGACAGAGCCCAACCAAAGAGUAAGCGAUGCUGUAGACGUGAGGCAGGAACUGGACCUACGGAUUGGUGCUGCCUUCACAAGAUUCCAGACCCUAAGGCUCCAGAAGAUUUUCCCAGAGGUGCUGGCACAACAGCUGAUCAGUUAUGGCAGCUGCCAGUUUCCAACACUUGGGUUUGUGGUAGAGAGGUUCAAAGCCAUUCAAGCUUUUGUGCCAGAAACCUUCCACAGAAUUAAAGUAACUCAUGAGCACAAAGAUGGCCUUGUAGAAUUCAACUGGAAGAGACAUCGGCUUUUUAACCACACAGCUUGUCUCGUCCUUUACCAGCUAUGUAUGGAGAAUCCUGUGGCAACCGUGGUGGAGGUCCACUCUAAGUCGAAGAGUAAGUGGAGGCCUCAAGCUCUGGACACCGUGGAACUCGAGAAACUGGCUUCACGCAAGUUAAGAAUAAAUGCAAAAGAAACCAUGAGGAUUGCCGAAAGACUCUACACUCAAGGGUACAUCAGCUAUCCUCGAACUGAAACAAACAUUUUCCCCAGAGACCUGAACCUGAUAGUGCUGGUGGAGCAGCAGAUCCCGGAUCCACGCUGGGGGGCCUUCGCCCAGAACAUUCUAGAGCGGGGUGGCCCUACCCCCCGCAACGGGAACAAGUCCGACCAAGCCCAUCCUCCCAUUCACCCCACCAAAUAUGCCAGCAACUUGCAGGGAGAUGAGCAGCGAUUGUAUGAGUUCAUUGUUCGCCAUUUCCUGGCUUGUUGCUCACAAGAUGCCCAGGGGCAGGAGACUACUGUUGAGAUCGAUAUAGCUCAGGAGCGCUUCGUGACCCAUGGCCUCAUGGUUCUGGCCCGGAAUUAUCUGGACGUGUAUCCGUAUGAUCACUGGAGUGACAAGACUAUCCCUGUGUAUGAGAGAGGCUCCCACUUCCAGCCUAGCACUGUGGAGAUGGUAGAUGGGGAGACAAGCCCACCCCAGCUGCUCACCGAAGCUGACCUCAUUGCCCUCAUGGAAAAGCACGGCAUUGGUACUGAUGCCACCCACGCGGAGCACAUUGAGACAAUCAAAGCCCGGAUGUACGUGGGGCUCACAGCAGACAAGCGGUUUCUCCCAGGGCACCUGGGAAUGGGGCUUGUGGAAGGCUAUGAUUCCAUGGGCUAUCAGAUGUCCAAGCCAGACCUCCGGGCCGAGCUGGAGGCUGAUCUAAAGCUGAUCUGUGAGGGCAAGAAGGACAAAUUUUUGGUCCUCGGUCAGCAAGUCCAGAAAUAUAAGCAAGUUUUCAUUGAAGCAGUAGCUAAAGCUAAGAAGUUGGACGAGGCCUUGUCCCAGUACUUUGGGGAAGGAACUGAGGUGCCCCAGCAAGAAGAGAUCUACCCUGCCAUGCCAGAACCCAUCAGGAAGUGUCCUCAGUGCAACAAGGACAUGGUUCUCAAAACCAGGAAAAACGGCAGGUUCUAUCUCAGCUGCACGGGUUUCCCAGAGUGUCAGUCAGCUGUCUGGUUUCCUGAUUCCAUCCUGGAAGCCAGCAGGGACAAGAGUGUGUGUCCCGUGUGUCAACCGCAGCCUGUGUACAGGUUGAAACUGAAGUUCAAGCGUGGCAGCGUCCCCUUGACCAUGCCACUGGAGCUCGUCGGCUGCAUUGGCGGGUGUGACGAGACCCUGAGGGAGGUCUUGGACCUAAGAUUCUCUGGAGGGCCCCGCCAAGCUCUCCAGACGGCCAGCCAGUCCCUGAACAGAAUGGACAAAAGCCAGCACAGCCACCCCCAGCCUCCUGGCAACAUACAGUCUGGACCUCCACGGGCUCUGACCACUGCCGAAAGCAACUCUGUAACUUGCAACUGCGGCCAGGAGGCCUUGCUGCUCACCGUGCGGAAGGAGGGCCCUAAUCAGGGCCGCCAGUUCUACAAGUGCAGCAGGGGCAGCUGCAGCUUCUUCCUAUGGGCCCACAGCAGCCCACCCAGCACAACAGGGCCUCUUUCCUCCACAGUGAGACUCCCUGGAAGCUCCUUAGGAGGAGCGCUGGAUUCAGGGAGCCACCUGGGUGGGCUUGGCAGGCCAGGCGAUGGUGGUGGUGGUACCGCCUGUCUGUGCAGCCAGCCAGCCGUCACAAGGACUGUGCAGAAGAACGGGCCCAACAAGGGGCGCCAGUUCCACACAUGUUCCAAGCCCAGAGAACAGCAGUGCGGCUUCUUCCAGUGGGCCGAUGAGAAUGCAGCCCCAGGAUCCUUUGGAGCCCCACCCUGGCCAGGAGACAGAGGAGUAACCCAGGGGCCAGAGGCCAGAAGCAAAAGGCCACGGGCCAGUUCCUCUGAUACUGGAUAUUUGGCAAAGAAACCUCGGAAAUGCAGUCUUUGCCACCAGUGUGGGCACACCCGUCCCUUCUGUCCUCAGAACAGAUGA